AAAGUCGUGAUAUUAUAUUAUAUUAUAUUAUACCGCGCUGAGUUGCGUGGGAUCGGGUGUACUUUUGUCUUACGACGCAUUUUUGACAUGGUGAUAAUGCAGCAUCUCUACUAUAAAACCUCGUGCCGAGACCUCGUUACCGCUUCAUAAAGUUUCAGAGACUGUACGAGUAAAGUGUGAAAGUUAAAAAAAGUUAAAAUGGAAUAUAUCAUGGAAAACUGUACCGGAUGGAAGCAGGCCUUCUCUAACUUGCUCUGCGUUUUAUUGGUGAAACUGGCCUUCCAUUGGGAGUCCCUAUCUGAAGUCCGGAUACCCGGCUUUAUGAAUAUAGAGCACCGGCAAUGGGUGCGGGCGGAGCGGCGGUGGAGGAGAAACGACCUCUCCUUCAUGUGGGGCGACGCCCCGGAGAGUCCUCCAGAUGAGGAGGACGUUUUCAACCUUCGGCGGCUCUUCGGGGAAGAGCCCUACAUGGAGGAGGAGAUUUGGGUGCCCAGGGAGAUUCGGGCACCCAAUGGUGUACAGAAUGGGGAGCACAGAUGAGCGGCCCCCUCACCUGGCUCCCCUGGCCCCUCCAC